GCCACGACAGUGACAGCAACAGCGACGGCGACGGCGACGGCGACCUCGACCUCGACGAUACACCGCCACCAAUCCCCAUCCCUCUAAGGUGCAAGCGUGAGCUUGACAGGGACACGAACCGGGACGGAUAAUCCUGGUCUCGAAACUAAAACUAAUCGGUGAAAAAUUGCGACAGGGGACUGGCGUCACCACCGCCGCUACGAAUACUGCAGUGGGUAUUCCCUCGCCCAGAGGCGCGAAGCCAGCAGCAGUUCCCGUACCAACAACAGCUUGUUUCGAUAGCUGUCCGCCACGUGACGACCGAGUCGAACAAGAGGAAGACAGGGAGACAGCGCAUAUACGAUAUCUCCCCACUAUGGAUGAUGGGCUCGAUCCUGCAUCCGCUGUUGCGGAUUUCUCUGCUUCCCAGCUCCUCACCACGUACGCUCUAGGUGACACCAUCUCGCGCGCAACCUCUCCCGGCUUGCCGCCCUCGUCCUCUGCCGGGACCGACGAUAGUAAGCGCUACCGACCGCGCACCUUUGCCUACUCCCAAUUGCUGCCCUACCCUGUCGAGGACGAUGCCGAGCGCGACGCUGCUCUCCGAGGGAUAUUGAAGCAGCUUUACAUAGCUAUCAAAGCCGAGGAUUUCUCCCCGGGCGCCUUCCACUGGACGCGCCAGCUGCAGGGAUGGCUGUCCCUCAAAUUCGACAUGCCUCGCGAGCUGCGCGCCAGGCUCGUGAAGCUAUACUUCCACCUGUCUCUGGCGCCCGGUCUUGAUAAUAACGCUGCCGACCGCUUUUCGAAGAUGGUUGUGACCUUGAUCAGGCGGAAGCAGGCCCUCAAACCCGAGCAGGAUCUCAUCCUCGACUGGCGACCGCUUUGGAAGGAGCUGAAGGCUCUGGUGCUUCCCGCCGAGACGGCUGCCCACCACUCCUCGAGGCGACGAGGCGUGAAGCACCUUCGGAAGUUGUGUCUGUAUUCGCAGCUCUACUUCGACCCCGGCGAGCGGCGCGCCAUCCUCGAAGAGGUUCUGCCCUAUUUCAGUGCCUCGGACGUCCAAAAUGCCUUCAUCGUCAUCGGCGUGUUGAACGUCCUCAUGCCUACGACACCGGCCCCCCCCACUGCGCCGCAGUCGCAACCGUCAGACUUCGUCCCUACCUUUUUUCACCUCUGGUCGUUGAUGACGCGGUCGAAGGUUGUAGACAACGCCUUCAUCGACAUAUUUUCUAGGAUCGCCCGAGACUACUUGACCUGCCGUCACGUGCCGUUUGGUGAACACGGCGUUUUCACGCGAGAGCAAUCCGACCUUGUCUUCACCGCAAUCCUGCGUCUCACCGAGAUUCCUGUCGGGCAGGCGACUUCGCCGUACGCGUCCAUCGACUACUCGGCCGGGAUGGGCAUCUUUCUCGAGAAAGACAAGAAGAAGCACCCCAUCUCGUACCUCAUCGCCCGCUGGGUCAUUUAUUCGCUGUCGCCGCACUGCCUCGACAAGGACAAUUCGAUCAUGAAUAGCCUCGAGGGCCUCAUGGAGUCUGUCGACACCUUCUUCCAUCCUUCCAACCAAGGGGCGUGGACGAAAAUGCUCGCUCAGCUCACGUAUUACCUGACGGAGUUGUUUGUGUCUCGCUGGAAUAGGGAGCAGAAUGAAGAGCAGGACGCCCCCGCCGAGCGUAGGAUUAAUGACGCCCUGAAGCGCCGGUUUGUCUUAAGUCUGCGAGAGGUCACAUAUAUGGGUCUUUUUGGGAAAAGCUACAACGUCACCAGCUUGUACUUCAGUACCCUUCAGAACCUCACCUACCUUGAGCCCGAUCUGAUGCUUCCCGGCGCGCUCCAGAGGUUCUACCCAAGUUUGCAGGGCCUGGUCGAAGUUCAUCGGACUACCUCUAGCCUGUGCGGCCUCAACAUGAUCGCCAAUAUCAUGUCGCGCCAGAAAGGCUUUAGAUGUCAUAUCACUGCUCUGUUAGCACUAGCUUUACCUGGUAUCGAUGCUAAUGAUCUGAACAAGACACAGUAUACAUUGAACUUCAUCCAAAGUGUUGCGUACAGUAUUCCAUUCGUGACCUUGACCAAGGACGAUGACAAGAUUCACGAUACGAGCCUUGCCGUGCAGUGGGUCCAGGGCGAGGUGGAGCGCAUGGAGCGGGAGGGCCAGGAUGUUAAAAUCGAUUACAAGAACGAGCUUAACGACGAGGACGAAGCUAACAUCGUCCGCUCCUCGACCGCCGGCUUUGGCGAAUUCAUCCUCGCGUUGCUAGGCAAAGUCUUCACGUUGCUAGAGAACCUUCCGGACUCGUCGCAGCUACGCUCCGGAUCCCCCGAGGACAAUAUCAUCAACAGCCUACCGGCUGCGUUGACCCCGAUGUUCGCCUCCCUAUCUCCCGAGCUGUUCGAUAUGGCUUUAGAUAAGCUCGCCACUUUCGUCUCGAGCCAUGUCGUACACCAGGCUCGCGAUGCCAUGGCCUGGAUCUGCAACGCGCUGUGCAAAGUAAACCCUGAAAGGACGCUGAAGGUGUUCAUCCCGAUGCUUAUUGUCAAUAUCCGCAAUGAAAUCGAUUACAACGGCGCUGCCUCCGACCGCAGUAGCGGCACCGAAAUCCUUCCUCGCGAUAGAGCUCUCGUCUGGCACGUUAGCAUCCUAAGCAUGUGCGUGGUUCACGUCGGCAACGAGGUCCUCAAAUACAAGAAAGACUUAUUUGAGAUUGCGGAGUACAUGCAAGAAAAGUGCCGGGGACUCCCCACCAUUCAUAUCAGCAACUACAUACACCAUCUUCUCCUCAACCUCACGCACAUCUACCCGAUAGACACGUCGCUAUACGAGCCCGAGGUCGUAGCGCGCGGUCUAGACGUCGAUGACUGGGGCAAGACGACAUCGCCGGCGGAUUUGACGAUCCGAUGGCACCUCCCUUUUCACGACGAGAUCCAGUUUGCCGUCGAGCUGUUCGAAUCUCAGGCCGGGGGGGCUAUGAGGCGACUCGAAUCCUUCAUGGGCGACUGCCCCCCCGUGAGUCGCAAAGGGAAAAACAAGGAAUGGUCAGAUGAGGUCUCUCGCCAAUUAACCCAACUACGAUUGGUAAUCUCUGGCCUGGCCGCCCUCUUCGACCCUAAGCGCGCGUCCGGAGAGUUGAACAGCUACGUCAAGACCAACGGAAAUCUCGGCGGGGAUGAUGACGAGCUUAUGAAUGACGAUGAUUACGACGAUGACAACGACAACCCUCUAGCCGAGGUUGGAGAAGAUGACGAGACGAAGCCUCAGUUUAAAUAUCCUAGCGGUUACGUCCUUACGCCCAACACUUCCCUCUAUAACCGGAUUCAUAGCCUUCGGGAUGACAUAGGCGAACUGCUCUCCCGCACUCACUCCUUCCUCAAUACGCAUCUAGAGGACGAUGUGGCUUGUUUCACGGCGCUGUACAAUACGUAUCGCACCUGGAUCACGGACGUGGGAUUCGAGCGGUCGGCACGCCCGCUGGAUCGACUUAUUCGGCUUUACAGGGCCGACAUUGCCCCUUUUAAGAUCAGCGGUCUGCGAAAGCCGUAUCCUCGGCCUCUCCUCAUCAAGCGCGCCGACGCAUACCAGUUGCAACGUGUGAAGCACAACGCCUCGGUCCGGAGGAAGAGCGAGCUAGACAAGCGCUUGCUACUCGACCUAGCCGAAUCGUCCGUUUCCUCGUACGCGGAUGUGCGACGGAUAGCGCAGGGCGCGCAAGACGCGUCGCUGAAGGCACUGAUAGGCGGCCGCCCGCUUGUCAUCCCCGUGAUCCUAGAGAGGUUCCGGAAAGCCCUCGACGAGGCCGACCACGAUCGCAUCAAAGGUGCUAUGUAUACUCUGCUCUUCACGAGCUUACUUAGGACAUUGCUUAGGGACUGGAGAUACGCUCCCGAUCUAAUGAGGCUAUAUAUCCAGACAGCCAACGUGGACAAAGCAUCGAUCCAGAACCUGGGGGCGACCGCGAUCUAUCCGCUACUCGACUUUGGCAAGAGGUUCGAACUCAUGGUGUUGGUUGACGAGCAGACAAUCGGCCUGAUCAAGCCAGACGAAGAUUGCACGCAAGCCGUCAAUGCACGACACGACUUCAUCGCGGAGCGGAGAAAGAAGGUCGAGCAGACGAAGUCGGCUUUGGGGCUAGAGCUGACGGAGCUUGCGAAGGAAUCCCAUUGGAAGACGGCUAGCCGCUGUGCUGUCUUUGCCACUAAUCUCUGCCUCCGGUUUGACAAUAUCGCGCCCAAGAGCUUCAUCGAACUCAUCGUCAAAGGUACAAACGAUCCGCAUCCUGGCUUGAGGACUAGCUACCUCAGCGCCUUCUCGAACAUCUUCACCGCGAUCGACCAACGCGCCGUGUACAAUCACAGCUACCGGAGUUACCUGGAAGAGAAAGAAAAAGAUGCCAACAAGUUAACCAUUCCAGUCCCGAGGGGCGACGCCGAAUUUACACGAAAGUUCUUAGAUAGUUUCAAGCACCCAGAGGACGCCGAGUAUUUUGUCGACGCCGAUCACGCGGGCUGGCUGGUCUGGGGCAAGGAGUUUCAUGCCACGCGGGCGAGACCGGAUAAAUUUGACGGUUAUGACGACGUUGAGACCGCCGCGAGACAGCAGAUUGGUGGACUUAUAACUAGGGAGUGGCUCUCCCAGUGUUUUGAGUAUCUUAAGCAGGAGCCGCGAGAUUCAUCGUCCGAUCGGUUCAGAACCACCAACGUCGUGCUGCUCAUGCAUGUUUUCGAGCUUAUGGUGGACGGGGUAACCGAGCUGAAGCUGGAUGAUGUCAAAGACCUCGUUGCCGACGUGUACGGCGAUGGAAGCGACAAGCACCAACAUCGCGCCACGGCGGAGAUCCUGGGCUCUCUCAUGGUGGGUACAGCAUACGAACCCGUCCAUCUGAAGGAGGAGGUAUGGAACUUUGCGCAGCCGAUGAUCCUGGGGAUCUUCGCCGACAGCCUAACUCCCGAUAACCUGUCGUAUUGGGCCACAUGCCUCCACUUCAUCAUCGACACCAAGGACCCCCGCCGUGCCAGCGAGCUCGUGAACCGUCUGAGCUCCUUUCGCUUGGAUAUGAACUCCAACGCGGCCUUUAAGGAAUCCUCCAAGGUGCAGCUUCUCGAGUUCCUAAUCAAUGACUGCGGCUGGCACUAUCGUCACGAGAAGCCCAUUCUAGAUGACUUCCUAGCUCACAUCGACCACCCCUAUAAGUCGGUCCGCGAGUCUAUCGGCCGCGUAAUUGCUACGAUUUAUAGAACUCGAUACCACGAAUCCUUUGAGAACGUCAGCCUCCUUCUCGACCAGAAUAAGGCGGAUUCGACUAUUGGCAUCAGACCGUACAAACCAACCGAGGAGUUCACAGCCACCAUCAAGGAUGUGUUCAAUCGUCUCGAGACCUGGCGCCACGAGCGCACGCCGGGCCAGCAGACGCCGUCGUCGUACACGUCUGGGUCAAAAACGGUGCUUACUUGGCUCGAUAGCACCCUUUCCUCUCAGGAGUGCAUCCAACUUAUCCCCUUCUUCCCCGACCCGUUCAUCGACCAGCUACUGCACAUGAUGGAUGUCAAGGAGGACCCGGAGCUGAUGCGAUUAGCUUACCACGUUUACCGCCACCUACCCAACAUUCCUUUCCGCACAGGUGAAGACGCACCCUUCAUCGCCGCAUUGAUCCGCCUCGGAAAGACGGCUACUAGUUGGCACCAACGUCUCAGGGCGUUGGUUAAUAUGCAAGUCAUAUAUUUCCGACGUCUAUUCUUGAUGGAUGCGCCUCAGCGGGAGCUGCUAUUUGACGCUGUGGGUGAUAUGUUGGCCGAUCCUCAACUCGAGGUCCGGACGGUCGCCAGCGCAACGUUAGCGGGCAUGAUCAGAUGUUCUCCUGCCGUAAUACGAAACCCUAUCAUCACGACCUUGAAGUCGCGCUUCGAGGCACAGCUAUCCCGCAAUCCGAUGCCUAAGAAGAAGGCGCCGGGCACCGAAACACCGGUCAAUGUCACGCAGCAGAUCGUUUCCAGACACGCCGCCGUGCUGGGACUGGGCGCCUUGAUCGAAGCGUUCCCGUAUGCCACGCCGCCGCCUAGCUGGAUGCCAGAGGUCCUGGCCCUGCUCGCGCGCCGUGCCGCUAGCGACCCUGGGGUAGUGGGCAAGGCCACCAAAGGAAUUCUAUCCGAGUUCAAAAAGACGAGGCAGGACAGCUGGGGAGUAGACCAGAAGUAUUUUACUCACGAGCAACUCGAAGAUCUGGAGGGCGUUCUCUGGAAGAGCUAUUUCGCAUGAAAACAUUAGAAGAAUUCUAGGGGCGGUCGGCCGCCGCCAAAUCUGCGCGCGAGUGGUCUUUGGGGUCCGAGGCUUCUGGUUACGACAGAGUCGUUUUUCUUAAAAUUUCUCGACAGUGUGUACAACUCAAGGAGGGGUGGGUUACUAAGGACUAUGGUCAUCGCAGCUUGGGCAACGCGCGGUCUACUCACCCGCGGCCCAGAUGAUAUCGAACCGGUAGCAUACACAUAGACGCGGAGGGGGAAAUCGAGCCAGCUUAGACCAGGAGGGGAUAGGGGGGGGGGCAUCAUAGGGAUAGACGCUUUUUUUUCAGAUAUGA